GGUGCAUGUCAAAACUGAGCAUUCAUAUUAUUAUUAGAUGCGCGCGUGUGUGUGUUUUGCUCACGCCGUCCCACCACCAUCGUCAUCAUCCUCUCCGAGCUCCACACAGGAGCAGGACCACCGCUCCCUUCCCGUUCAUCCGCCACUCAGGUCGGUGGUCUCGGCCACGGACGCGUUAGCCAGUCGGGGAGGUUCCACAGCCCCGAAGGAGGUGGUGAAAUAGUAGUGGUAGUUCCACCCACGGGGGCGAGGAGGACAUGGAGGACACGACGAUUUGCUGAUAAACAACCCCUCGCUGAAGUCGACACAAGGUGGACACUAUGAACUACGUAGGUCAGCUAGCCGGGCAGGUGCUGGUCACCGUCAAGGAGCUGUACAAGGGCAUCAACCAGGCCACGCUGUCGGGAUGCAUCGACAUCGUGGUGGUUCGCCAGCGAGAUGACACCUACCAGUGUUCGCCCUUCCACGUGCGCUUUGGAAAGCUGGGUGUGCUGCGCUCCAAAGAGAAAGUGAUUGACAUUGAAGUGAAUGGAGAGCCGGUGGAGUUGCAAAUGAAACUCGGUGACAAUGGCGAGGCCUUUUUCGUUCAGGAAACGGAGCAGCUGAAUAUUGUCCCAGCUCACCUGGCCACAUCCCCGAUCCCAACAGAGACCCACCUUUUCUGGAUCUCAGAGGUGGAGGGCCGGCCCACGAAAGACUUGGAAGAUGACGACCCGGCCGACCAGGAAGACCCGCCCGCGCCCGCCACCGUCUCGACGAAAAAAAAGAAAAGACGGAGGAAGAAGCACAAAGGAGACCCCCGUAGAGAAGAGCUGACUCCCCCCAUGCCAGUCACCACCACUGUUGCUGCUAACACCCCCGCUACGACGACCAGCGAGGAUAUCUUUGAGAUGGACCUCAGCUCUGACGACGAUGCCGCUGUGCAGCACGUGUCCAGAUCUCCCUCAACGUCCACAGUACGAGACGUUGACCCCAGGCUUCCUGCGGCCAGACACAACUUGGAUGGUUAUGCACUGUCUGAUGGCGACUGGACAGCAAACGACAGCCAUGGCUUAUCCCAGGCCUUUUCGCCAAAAAGUGACUCUGAACUGAUGGUGAGACCCUCAGAGACGUUGCUGCGAGCCGAGUCGCACAUGCAGUGGACUUGGGGAGAAUUCCCGGAAACAACCAGGGUGACCAAAAAAGACAAGGCAGAGCUUCUUAAAACGGUGACCAUCACCCCUUCCGAGAGCACCCAUUUCCGUGUCAUCCUGAGCUCCGAGGCCAUGGAGGAUGACGGCGAAAAAGACGACGGGGACCACCCGGCGUGCCCCAUCGUCAAGCCCGAGCCGCGUACGCUCACGAGCACCUCCGCGACCACGUGUGAGAAUCUCGCCUCUCUCACGGAGUCUGUAGAGGCGCUGCCUUACAGUGUGGUUACCUCCACCCCCGCCAACAGCCAGCAAAGCGACUCACCUUCUAAAAAGAAAGGUGUUCCGAAGAGGAGUCAUCAUCAGGGUCCCGAAGACAUCUACCUGGACGACCUAACUGCACUUGAGCCUGAUGUAGCUGCCAGAUACUUUCCCAAGAGUGAAGCUGAGGCGGCCAGCAAGCACUGGAUGGAAACAGAGAUUCGCUCAGGUUCGCAGUCGCCGCAGUCUGUCGGCAGCGCCGCGGCCGACAGCGGCACCGAGUGUCUGUCGGAUUCGGCCAGCGACCUACCGGACGUCACGCUGUCGCUGUGUGGAGGCCUCACCGAGAACGCGGAGAUAUCCAAAGAAAAGUUCAUGGAGCACAUCAUCACCUAUCACGAAUUUGCUGAAAAUCCUGCAAUUAUAGAUAACCCCAACCUUGUUGUAAAGAUAGGAAAUAGAUACUACAACUGGACUCUUGCUGCACCUUUAAUUCUAAGUCUACAAGCAUUUCAGAAGAAUUUACCAAAGGCUACAGAGGAGGCCUGGGUAAAGGAGAAAAUGCCAAAGAAGUCGGGCCGCUGGUGGUUCUGGCGAAAACGGGCGGACAGUGCAAUCAAGCAGUCUGAGACUAAACUUGAAACCAAGGAGGAGUCUCACUUGGGGGAGGAAGGACCUGCCAUGACCCAGGAGAAUCUCACCUUAUUGACUAAAAGCAACGACUCAUCCAGUGACGAAGAGGUCAAGGAGGUGAGCGCCGCAUCAUGUCAGGAGAGACACCAGCUGAGCGACGGUCAACAGCACGCAGGCGCGCACACCUACAGAAAGUCGCUACGUCUCUCCUCUGAUCAGAUCGCCAGUCUAAAACUGAAGGAGGGUCCCAAUGAUGUGACGUUCAGCAUCACCACGCAGUACCAGGGUACAUGCCGUUGUGAGGGCACAAUUUACCUCUGGAACUGGGAUGAUAAAGUCAUCAUCUCCGACAUCGACGGGACCAUCACCAAGUCCGACGUGUUUGGACAGAUCCUGCCGCAGCUUGGGAAGGACUGGACGCACCAGGGCAUCGCCAAGCUGUACCACUCAGUAGCUGAGAACGGCUACAAGUUCCUGUACUGCUCGGCCCGCGCCAUCGGCAUGGCGGACAUGACGAGGGGCUACCUGCAGUGGGUCAACGACGGCGGGACCAUCCUGCCCCGCGGGCCGCUCAUGCUGUCCCCUAGCAGCCUUUUCUCAGCCUUCCACAGGGAGGUCAUCGAGAAGAAACCAGAGAUCUUUAAGAUCGAAUGCCUGACCGACAUCAAGAACCUGUUUCAGCACAACAAGCAGCCGUUCCACGCCGCCUUCGGCAACCGGGCCAACGACGUGUUUGCCUACAAGGAGGUGGGUGUUCCCGUUUGCCGGAUCUUCACCGUCAACCCCAAGGGGGAGCUGAUCCAGGAACAGACGAAGGGAAACAAGUCCUCUUACGGCAGGCUGAGCGAGCUGGUGGAGCACGUGUUUCCGCUGCUGAGCAAGGAGCAGAACGAGGCCUUCGCCAUGCCCGAGUUCAGCUCCUUCUGCUUCUGGAGGCAGCCCAUUCCCGCCGUGGAUCCCGCGGACCUGCUCUGAAAUUCGCUCAGGUACUCGCACGCUCUCAUAACGGAGAGGGCCAAGAUGGACGUGCGUCGCACUUAACAGGAUGGCCAGGGGGAUCGCAAGACUUGCUCUUUUUUUUUUUUUUUUUUUCCUGGCACAAUAAACUCAAAAGAAGAGAUCCAUCAAAGUCUUGCUUUUGCCAAACAAAACGCCGCCUUACGGACGCACUUCCGGGACCUGCCAAUGGCCGCCGCGUUGCGGUAUCGUGACGACGAGUCACGCUCAGUAUUCAAGGUCAUGUCUCCACUCUCGACACAGAGCAGCUACUCCUUUAUAUCGAAUCGGAUCACUUAAAGGACCACUGAAGCAUAUAUCGCUCUAUUUAUGAUGAUAAACAACCACCUCCGCUGAGACAGCGUUAUUAUUUAUGAUGAUUAGAAGUGAUAUGUUUAAGUUAUUACUGAUCGUGACUCUUUUCGCUUUGUUAUUUGGGGGCACGUUGUUGGAUAACAUUAGCACUAAAUGCUAACCGGAAGGCUUUUUGGGUUGCUUUUCGUUUGAAGUCAAUAGUACACGUUUUAUAAGGUAUAUCACGUACAUUCCUCAACGUAUAUACAUUACUGUUCAAAGGUUUGCGCUCAUUUGAUUAAUUUAAAAAAAAAAAAAAACAGCUUACACUUAAGUUUCUUUGUGUCUUACUGAAGAUUUCGUGACAUGGCAUAAACUGAUACAUUUUGCUCAAUUUUUUUUUUCCCCGGAGAUGUGCAUAGAAAUCCAGUCCAGGCUAUUAAUGUGAUUUUAAAAAGUCUUUUCUUCAUAAAAAGACAUUUAUUACAUCCAACAAUUUGUUUUUUUCAUGGAAGAUCAGAAAUAAUCUGUGACUACAAACUUUUGAAGGGUUCAUGUAUGUUUUGAAUCUGUACAAAGAAGCUUCCAUUUGAAGGAUUUUGACAAAAUCUAAAGGACGUGUCACACACAAAAAAACCUUCAGUUGAGAAUUUUAGUUUCGCUUCUUUUCCAUAACGGCGUGGCUAACUUGACGUUUAAUAGAAAAAUGCAGUGUACUGGGGAUAUUUAUAAGAUCAAAUGCAACGCUAGCUAGAAUCAAGGCUAACUCACUGAGCCCCGGGUGGGUGACUUAUGAGAGCCAAAAAAAAAAAAAAAAAAAAAAACGAACCUCAGAGGAAGUCUUGUGGAAAGGAUAGAAAAAAAAUGUUCAUCAUAUAUAUAUGAGCAAAUGUAUCGUUAGCCUAAUUGCAUACUUGCACAAGUCAUUAUUCGAAUGUUGUCAAAAACAAAAGAAAAAAAGACAAAUCUGCAACCAGAAAAUCCCGAAUGGUUAACAAUCGUACAUCAAGAAAAAAAAAAUGUCAGCAGCCACAUUGGUAUUGAUUAUUGAUAUUGCAACAAUAAGUUAAAAAGGACAAAGACAAUUUUGCUACUAGGCUAACGAUUCAUUUGCACGUCUGUUUUCCUACGAUGUAAGUAUAUUUGAAUUUGCCUUUUUAAGUUGUAUUGUGUUCAGCCACAUAGAUACACACACACGCGCGCCGUUGUGUAAUGUGCUGAGAUGAUGGUAGACUGACAACCCGACUGGUGAGUAGAACCACUUGUCGUCGUCCCCCCCCCCUCCCUCCCCCUCCCCGAAGCGAACAGCCUGCGAAAUGGCGGCAUCAGAGCCCUUAUUAGAACCUCAAUAUGUAUGUUUCAUACGGUGACACUGUGAAAAAAAUUCAACGUCAACAGCCCCUCUCGCACCGUAACGCUAGCACCGACAUUUUUUUUUUUUUUUUUUUUUUUUGCCCGUGCCUCGCAAAUUGAAACUGAAGCACCGAAAGUGAGACGUCGACCUUCGCGCAGCUGUUACAGCCUCCCGCGUCGAGAUGAUGAGAUGCGCGUCAGCGUACAGGAUAGGGGAGGGACUGUUACUUACGACGUAAAAGGAAUUUUUCAACUUCACUCUUCGGUUUGGGUGCCAUAUUCUGAUGACCCGUAGGAAGACUGCGAAUUUGUAGCCCUUCGUCCCACACGGGGGGGGGGGGGGGGGAAGUCCAGUACUUGUAAAACUGUGGUCGGAGACUCAACUUCCCAUACACGAAUCAUUCCUUCAAUCUCAAAAUAUCAAGGAAAUCCCUGCUAGGAUGACAUAAAAUCCUUGUAAAGCAACGAUUGCUUUCGACACACAGUGGUAUGUUAAGUGAGUCUUGGGUGCUAAACUUCACCCAUAACGUUCCUCUAUCAUGAUAUUACGUCAUAACAGGCAAAUUGGCGGGUUGGCUUCCUCAUUCUGCACCGAAAUUAAAUACUUGAACGGCGGCGACAAUUGCUUUCGACGCGUUUUGCGAGGGAGCGUUAUGUGUUAAACUUCAUAAAUCUCACAUCUGCGAUCGCUGCGAUGUUACCUCCAUAGAGUGGAAAAAGCCACGUGAUAUAAAAACAGAUAAUUUUUUUUUCUUUGCUUAGGUUUGUUGGUUUCCGCGAGUUAGCACGUGAACGAGGACUGAAAAUGAAUACAUAAAUAAGAAAAGCGGGACUUUUAAGCACAAGCAACGUUCACGGCUGCGUGGUCGGCGUCGGCCAUUGUUAUUCCAUCCGUGGUUGAGUCAGGCGCAUCCUCUGGUUAGCGAUAAACAUAAAUAAAUCCAUUCUUUCUAUGAAAGCAAAGCUUCUUGUGUGGACAGCGCACACGUCACUCUCAGAAUCGUCCCGCCCACCUCACACACACACACACACACACACACCUUUGUUAUAUUGUAUAUCAAACAAAAAGAUUCACUUUACGGGAUGGGCGGGUGACUGCGUCGCCUUGGAUUUAUUGUUCCCGUUCUUGUCAUUUUUUUUCUUUUUCAAAAAGUGAAUGACGCUUGCUUCCGUGUGUGUCCCACGCACACAGAAACGCCGCCGCGUUCGUUUAUCGAUUCAAGUGUAUUCAAAAGAACAAAUUGUAAAGAAGAAAUACAUAUUUAAAAAGAAGGGAAAAAAAGACGGAAAAUAGGCUUAAUGAAGCUUAUGAUUGUUGCUGUUAUGGUAUAAUUUGUAUUCAAUAAAGUUUCUAAAUGAAUGUA